CACACACACACACACACACACACACACCCUGCCGUCAGCUGCAGAAAGUGAAACUAAACUGAAACGAAAAGAGCGCGCUGGCUGCGCACCGGCCAUGAACUUCGCGCUGGACUUGCUGCUCCUGAUCGCGCUGCGGUGCUGGGGCUCAGACGGCGCCCUCACAGUCUCCACAUCAAAUCCUUUUCUUUAUGUCCUGAGGCAUGAAGCCGUCACCCUGCCGUGCUCCUUCUCUGUCACGCCGGGUUCCAUUGACCCCAAGAGGCUGACGGUCACCUGGUAUCAGUAUGACUUCAUCGCAGCCAGAUUUGUGAAUGGAGAGGCCACAGCGAGAACGGAAGCCAUCCUGUUUGAAAAUGACAUCCGAAAUGGAAACGCAUCUCUGCUGCUCUCGUCUGUCAUCAAGAGAGAUGAAGGACAGUACAGCUGUGAAGUCAGGCAUGGAGGCGAGAGGCAAGAGGUCAACCUGGCACUGACCAUAAGAGUUCCCCCUGAGGUCCUCAUGUAUCCAGAACGAGUUCAGCUUCUGUCUGAAAACUCAGUGACCUGCGCGGCCAGGAGUUACUACCCCAAGGUCAUCAAUUUCAGAUGGAUGAGGAAUGGCCGGCGUGUUAACGAGCUGAUCAGCACAACACCGCGGCUCAAUCCCGAUGGCACCUACAGCUCGGAGAGCGUUUACCACGUCACGCCUUACAGUCGCAAUGAGCUCAGCUGUGUGGUGGAGCACGAGGCCCUGGAAAAGCCGCUCAUGAUGUCUGCCAUAUAUGUGGGGAGGUCCAUUACAGAGGUCAUGGCCAUUAUUGCUGUCAUCCUCCUCCUCUUUGUGCCCCUCAUUGUCUGCUGGUGGUUCUCAGUGUCCUUGUCCCCUCUUGUCCCUGUAACAUUAGUCCAGGGUGAGCAGGGGGCAGUUCAGUUCACCCUCAAAGGCUGGACACUCCAAAAUGUCACUUUCAGAUGCUCUGUAAAAGACAAGGAGGUCAGAUCUCAUGAUAAAAAAAGUGACUGUGAGGGUGGGCUAUCUGUGGACAACAAGGACCCUGCUAACUACACCCUGGAAAGAGGCCUAGUAAAGAAAGUCAUCUGUCUGAAGGAGACCCCCGUUACCCUGUGGUUUUUAGUAAAUAGAGCAGACCACCAGGGGGCAGUGCUUAGGUGUCGGGCGACUCACAGGCACACGAAGAGGAGUGUGGAGCGGUCGGUGACAUUGGGACAGGUGUGUGUUCGUCCUCGACUCUCAGAAAUCGAGAAUGUCACAGAGAACUCUGACACUGAAGUGAAGCUCCAGAUUACAGCCGAGGACUUUCACCCACGAGACAUCAGCUUCACAUGGACCGUGGGAGAAGAGAGAGGGACCACCGAAACACCUGAGAUGAUAGAAAACCCCAAUGGGACAUUCAGCACUAGGAGCAUCUGCUCCGUCCCAUUCCCUCAGAUUCAGACUCCUAGAUUUAAGAUCUUUGUGGAGGUUGAUCACAUUUCAAUGGCAAAGACACAGAAGGUGGCCACUGGUGACACCCCAGGUAUCGACGGGUGCCCCCUGCUGGCUGACAUUGAAGUGGUCGAGUUUUCAGAGGUGGGUCAGCCCUGCACUCUCAGCUGCACCAUCUCCAAGUUCUUUCCCAGCGCAAUCACCGUGACCUGGCUGAGGGUUGGAGCAGAGAGUGGACAUCAGGCUGUCACUGCAGGGUCACCGGAGUGGAACGCCACAGUGACCACAAGCAGCCCAGAGAAGCAGAAUAACGCCUAUGAGGCGACCUCCGAGGUCCACUUCACUCCUAAAAGCCUCCGUGAACUGCAGGAAACAGCCUACAUCUGCAGGGUGGAACAUGUGACACUCAGGAAGAAGACCAUUGAGAAGAAGUCCACAAAGCUGAAGUUAAAAGGUUACCAGAAAGAACCCAAGCUCUCCGAUUUACAGAUCUUCUUCACGGAGCUCAGUCAGCCAUGCACUCUGUCCUGCACCAUCACAGACUUCUACCCCCAGGAGAUCAAGGUGACCUGGCUGAAAAGGGACACGAAUGGGCAGACAUAUGAGGCGGAGACAGGAGAGUGGAAAGCCACCAGCGCCCACUAUGGUCCGUCCAUGAGAAGGAACACCUUUGAUUUGGUCAGUCAGGUGGAAUUCCUCCCCAGAGACCUGACUGAACUCGAGGACGUGGAGUUCAUCUGCAGGGUGGAGCACUCAGCUAUAAAGGGGGGAUUCCUUGAGAAGAACUCUUCAAGGGUCCACCUCCCAGGUUGGCUUCUGGUCCAGCAAACAAAGAACACUGGAAGAACAGCGGGAUAUCCGGAAAAGAAGGACAAGGGGUUCACCUCCACGCUGAAAUUGGGGUCUGGUGCGUGUCAGGUGAGUGCCACUGCCUAGGGGUCUGCCACCCCCAGCCCUACUUCGCCAGGCAGAGGAAACUACAAGUGUGCAGCUUCAGGACCCCGAUGCACCCCAGCUUGUCAACAUGACAGAACACGGUGACAGAAACAGACAGGGAUCUGAAGACUCCAGCUUUAGCCCACCAUUGCCAUCACCACCGCGGUCCUGCAGACAAUAACAAUGCUAAGAGAAUGAAAUCUCGUGUAUCAGCAGUGCACAUCAAUAAAGCCAUUUUACAAUA